GCCAUGAAGCGGGACGUCCGCAUCCUACUGCUGGGCGAGGCCCAGGUGGGGAAGACGUCGCUGAUCUUGUCGCUGGUGGGCGAGGAGUUCCCGGAGGAGGUCCCUCCCCGGGCGGAAGAGAUCACAAUUCCUGCGGAUGUCACCCCGGAGAAGGUGCCCACCCACAUCGUGGACUACUCAGAAGCCGAGCAGACGGAGGAGGAGCUGCAGGAGGAGAUCCGCAAGGCAAACGUGGUGUGUGUAGUGUAUGAUGUCUCCGAACAGGCCACCAUCGAGAAGAUCAGAACCAAGUGGAUCCCGCUCGUAAAUGGCAGGACCGAGGAGGGCCCUAGGGUCCCCAUCAUCCUGGUAGGCAACAAGUCGGACCUGCGGCCAGGGGGCUCCGUGGAGGCCGUGUUGCCCAUCAUGAACCAGUUCCCCGAGAUUGAGACCUGUGUGGAGUGCUCGGCUAAGAACCUGAGGAACGUCUCGGAGCUGUUCUACUAUGCGCAGAAGGCAGUGCUGCACCCCAUGGCCCCACUGUAUGACCCUACAGCCAAGCAGCUGCAGCCCGCGUGCACGCAGGCCCUCACACGCAUCUUCAGGCUCUCAGACCGGGACCUGGACCAGGCGCUCAGUGAUGAGGAGCUCAACACGUUCCAGAAGUCCUGCUUCGGGCACCCCCUGGCCCCCCAGGCCCUGGAGGACGUGAAGACGGUGGUGAGCAGGCACGUGGCAGGUGGCGUGCGGGACAACCGGCUGACGCUGGACGGUUUCCUCUUCUUGAACACCCUGUUCAUCCAGCGAGGCCGCCAUGAGACCACCUGGGCCAUCCUGCGACGCUUCGGCUACGGUGACACACUCGAGCUCACGGAUGACUACCUCUUUCCCCCGCUCCCAGUGCCCCCGGGCUGCACCACUGAGCUCAACCACUUGGGUUACCAGUUCUUGCAGACGGUGUUUGAGAAGCAUGACCAGGACCGCGAUGGUGCCCUGUCGCCCGCGGAGCUGCAGGGGUUCUGCAGUGUGUUCCCGUCGGCUCCCUGGGGCCCUGAGCUGCCCCGCACCGUGUGUACCCUGGCUGGUGGCCAGCUGCCUCUGCACGGCUUCCUCUGCCAGUGGACCCUGGUGACCUACCUGGACGUCCGGCGCUGCCUCGGGCACCUCGGCUACCUGGGGUACCCCAUCCUCUGCAAGCAGGACUCCCAGGCCCACGCCAUCACAGUUACCCGGGCGAAGAGGCUGGACCAGGAGAAGGGCCAGACGCAGAGACAUGUUCUUCUGUGUGAGGUGGUGGGGGCGCGUGGUGUGGGCAAGUCCGCUUUCCUGCAGGCCUUCCUCGGCCGGAGCAUGGAGCAUCCGGAGCCCCCUGAGGGAUCUUCUGUCCACGCCAUCAAUACGGUGCACGUCACCGGGCAGGAGAAGUACCUGAUCCUGCGUGAGGUGGAUGCAGACAGCCUGCUGGACACCGAGUCGGAGGUCACCUGUGACGUCGCCUGUCUGCUGUUUGACAGCAGGGACCCCACAUCCUUUGCGUUCUGCAGUAGGGUCUACAAGCAGCGUUACCUGGACAGGCAGACCCCCUGCCUGUUCGUUGCCUCCAAGGCCGACCUGCCCAGAGGCACUGUGCCGCCUGGCACACCAGCAACUGAGUUCUGCCGUCGGCACCGGCUGCCCAGCCCUGCCUUGUUCUCCUGCGCUGGCCCGGCCGCACCCAGCACUGCCAUCUUCAGCCGGCUGGCCACCAUGGCCACCUUCCCACACAUGGUCCACGAGGAACUGCACGCCGCCUCUUGGCUGUGGGUGAUGCUGGGGGCUGCUGGGGCGGCCCUGGCUGCCCUGCUCAGCUUCUCCCUGUACAGGGCCCUGGUAAGGAGCCGAUGA